GCGUGCUAUCAAUUAAUUUUUACCAACCAAAAGAACCAGAAUCAGAAAAAACCCCAUAAAACAUAAAUAAAUCCCCUAAACUAAUCACUAAGUAUUAUAGUUCUUAACGCACACGAGGGGCUAUGGCUUCGAUACUAAGAUCCUCGAAAUUCGUGAGAUAUAUCGCGGGAUUCGCGAAAAAUGUGGUCGUAAAUACCCCGAGGGAGUUCGACGGGACUCUAGUGAACACAGCGUCGGCCCAAUGUUAUUGCGGGGCCUUCCCACGGGGUCUGGCCACACAAACGUCGGCACAACAACACGAUCAGAACCUGGAACGGAGGCUGAAAUCCUUAGAUCAGGAUGUGAGGAAAUCCGGUCGAAUAUCCCGCAGGGACAUCGAGGAUGUCUUGGAGGAGAUACGGAACGCACGGUCCGCUACUACUUCACAGUCACUCUUAGUUAUAAGAUGUUGUGGCAGCCUAGUCCCAGACGAACUACCAGAGGUCAGAACAAAACUGGUACAAGAAAUAUGGAACACUUUAAACAAAAUAAACGUACCGAUGGACGUCUCGCACUACAACGCCCUAUUGCGAGUCUAUUUAGAAAACGAACAUCCUUUUUCACCCACCGAUUUCCUAAGCGACAUGGAGAGCAAGGGAAUAGAACCGAACAGGGUCACAUACCAAAGAUUGAUUUCGAGAUAUUGCCAGGAGGGAGAUAUCGAGGGGGCAACCAAAAUUUUGGAAUAUAUGAGAGAGAAACAGAUGGCGGUUAAUGAAAAUGUGUUUAAUGCCCUUAUAUUUGGACAUUCUCAAGCUGGUGACAUGGACUCGGCCCAUGGCAUUUUAUCAGUAAUGGCUCAAGCUGGUCUUGAACCAAGUGCAGACACCUACACGACCCUCUUAUGCGGUUACGCCAAACAAGGCAACAUGGACCAGAUCAACAAACUGAUCGCGGAAUGUGAAGAAAAAGAGAUUUUCCUAUUGGACAAGGACUAUUUGGACAUCGUUUAUGCCUUAGCGACAAACGGACAUGGGCAACACGUACCCGAGAUAUUAUCGCGGGUUAAAAGGUCGAUCGGGUACAACCAGGACGCCUUGAACCUCAUCCUGAGGUUAAUAAACAAAGGUCAAGACGAUGCGGCGUUCGCCGUCUUAAAAACCAUGGUUAGGUCCACACAAGCCGAUGGUUCCUUGAUGCCCAUAGGCACAUUUUUCAUAAGGCAAAUGGUGAAAGCGGACAGGGACCUGGAGACUAUUGUUUCCUACUGUCAGAAGUUGGAAGAGGAACAGAUGUACUCCAGAGGUCUCCUUUUAGCCGCAGAGUGUAGCCUGGAACAGGGAAAAGAGGAACUCGCCUAUGCCUUAUUCGAAAAACUGAAGGAACAAGGUCUGGAGAUCAGGCAGCACUACUUUUGGCCCCUAAUAGUGUCCAAAGGUGACGACCCUAGCGGCCGGGGCGUCGUCGCCGUGCUACAAAAGAUGCACGAGUUCGGAUUGACUCCCAGUUUGGAAACUUUACGCGAUUGGGUGUUGCCGAACCUUAAAGGGAACAGCAGUCAACUUUUGACGUUGUUAAGGGAGGCGAAUGUUUCAGUAGGUGCCUCGGCAUGUAGUAUCGUAACAAAUCUGCUGAUUAAGAAUGAAAUCGCCGAAGCAGCCACCAUCGCUUCCAGUGUACCGGCUUACUACAUUCCGGAACUGAUCAGGAGACCUUUAACUAACGCGUUGUGUGCUACUGGGGAUGUGGAUUCUUAUGUUUCGAUCAUACGUCAGGUGUAUGAAAAUUUAAACAGGAGACAGAAUAUGGUGCAGUCGGAUAACGGGGAGAAAGUAGAUGGAGCUGCUGUCGUCGGGGCUUUUCUAGUAGAUCUCGCUUCGAACAAGAAGAACUUUGAGAAGUAUAUUUCGGUGAUAUUGGAAAAACUAGUCGAGCAAGGCUUAAGCAUCACAACGUCAACCGCCGAAAAAAUCGAAAGUAAACUAGGAGAAAAAAUGACGGAAACGAUAUCGGACCUACUGGGCAAACUCACUUCGGGCGAACUGACCCCAGUGCCCAUCUCGAAGAGGCCGACUUACGUCCCGUACCACGAAAUGAACACGGAACAGCUGGAAAAACUCGUCGAGAAUUUAGAGUCGAAAAAUAUCGACGCGUGGGGAUACAAACGGCGUCUUCUAACUUUAUAUUAUAGGGGAAAACAUUUAGAAAAACUGGAGAAUCUGAUCGAGAACUUGAAAGGAAACCCGAACUUCGAACUCGGCCCGGGAAUCCACGCGAUUCUCUUGGACACUUACGCCUACCACGGCCACUUGGACAAAGCGUUGGAACAGUUGGAAAUCGUUAAAAAACUAGAGGGAGACAAAUUCGAACUGGACGAGGACAAAGUGGUCAGACUGGCCGGUUUGAUGGUUAAACAGGACAAGUUCGAGGACGCGAUCAAACUCCUGGAAGUUUCCGGUGUUCAUUUGACAGAAAUCCCUAGGGACAAAGUGGACCGGGGUUACACGUACAACUCGUUGGUGUGGCGCACCUUAAACUGGAUGGCGGAACAAGGUCAAGCGGAAAAUCUGGAGAAAUUCUUGGAUACCCUUAUCAAACACGACUACAUCGACGUGAAUAACGUGUUUUUAGGACCGCUGGUUAAGGUUUAUCUCGUAAAGGAAGACAUGGAAACCGCUUUAAAGAAGUUUGAAUGGGCCGUGGAACAGUACCGUUUGACCCCCUGGAAAAACGAGCUGGCCUGCAAACUGAUCCAGAAAGAGGACGCGGAUAAAUUACAAAAGUUGACCGAUUUAAGUACGAUCGUGCACGGGGAAAUCAACAGUUUGUACGAUUUGGUGUUUGCGUUCGUCGAGUGUGGCAGGAUUAGGCAGGCUAGGAAGAUUUUGGAGACCCCCGGACUACAGAAUAGGCCGCAGAGGAUCAAUAACGCUUGUGAGAGGUUCCAACAGGAAGGCCUCGUAAAACCCCUCGAAGGACUAAAGGACGCCACCAAAGAUUUAACUUAUAUAGACCGCAACGACAUUUACUAUCAACUGUUGCUCAGUUAUAUAAAACAGAACGACGCCGAAAAAUGUAUGGGCUUAUGGACCCAGAUGCAAGAAGAAGAUUUGGCUCCAUCCGAUCAGUUUUUGUUGACUUUGGGCAGUUUUUUGCAAGAAAAUGGUUUACAAGUUCCAUUCUCGAUUCCCCAACCUAAAAUCAAACAGCGACCAGCUACAACACCCGGCCAAGAACAGCAAACGGUUACAAGUAGACCGAGACCGGGCGUCAGUGUGGCCGCCAAUAAUUUCCGCACCAAGUUAUCCCAGGGUGACGUAGAUGGAUGUUUGAAAACCGCGAAUCAUGCCCAGGUCUCGGUUUCCGAUGCGUCGCAACUCAUCGAAAAGUUGAUCCAUCAGGAGCGACUUCAGGACGCCACCAAAGUGACGAUGACGUUAUUGAAUAGGGGCGCUUUUCCGGUUCAAAAAAUAUUUAGGUUCUUACUAAACAAACUAGCAGCCGCAGGCCAAGUAGACGCUCUGGAACAAAUCGGUGAAAAAAUAUCCGUAGACGUAAAACGGCUGAUUUCGUUCGAUAAUCGAUUCUGUCACGCGAACAUCGUCGCGGGACGGGUCGAGGCGUAUUUGCAAAAACUGGAACAAGAUCUGGACAACGCAUCGGAUGACCAAUUGGAGGCCAUCAGCAGCCAAUUUCCUAGGGGCGGGGCCUACGGUAUUUUGGAAAGACAUCCCGAAUAUACCGACAAAUUUGAACAAAUGGCAAUAAAGUACGCGAAACGGGGAAUAGUGGGUCCGCUAAACGUCCUCUGGACGAAAUACUUUAUCAGUAACGAAGUGGAGAAAUCGAAUCAAUUAUGGCAUGAGUACCUUAAAGACGCCCCCAGGAUUAUGUUCCAGAAAAUCAUCCAAAUCGCCCGUGACACCCACGACGAGGAACUAAUCAAAAGACUAACGGAACAUUUGAAAAUAAGUAACGUGACCCCCGGUGCCAUCGGAAACAUCUUCAGUUGUUACAUUGACGUGCUAGUGGCCAAAAAUAAGCCGAAUGAAGUCGAAGUUGUGUUUCAGCAAGCGUUAAGUCAAGUUUCGAUCGACAACAUUAACAGGACGGCCGUUUUACGGGUGAAAGAGGUCUUCGAGAAAUCAGGGAAGACUUUCGAUUAUCCCAUACCAGCUAAACAUAAAAGUAGCACGCAGGAGGAAGAUUGAGGAGGGGCGGUACAUUUGUGAUUGUUAAUUUUAGAGUUAUAAGCUUACUAUAAUAAAGUAUUGUUUGUUUUGUAAA